GAUUCUUUGUAUUCUGUAACAUCAACCUAUCUCUUAACUUUAUUCACUACGCUCCUCACAAUCCGAAGCUUCCCAUUCCACCUUUACAAAUUUCUCUCUCUUCCCACUGCUCGAUUUUUAGUUUUUUUUUUUCUUUUUCUUAUUUAGUUUAGUCGUAUUAAACUUGGCUAUCUUUUUCUAGUUUCUAUAUUCUGCUGUGUUCUUGUUCGUUAAAUUUAAACUAGAGGGUAUACUAUUGCUGCUCUUUCAGUCUUGCUGCCAUGUCUUUCAGAGGACUAAGUCGACCAAAUGCCACGUCUGGCAUGGGCGUGUCCGACCACAGCAAGAAAACAUAUAUGGAAUUGCAGAGGAAGAAGGCUCACCGUUAUGUGACAUUUAAGAUUGAUGAGAAGAAAAAGGAGGUUUUGGUUGAUAAGACUGGUGGCCCAGCUGAGACUUAUGAUGAUUUCACUGCAUCUUUGCCAGAGAAUGAUUGCCGAUAUGCAGUAUAUGACUACGACUUCGUGACUUCUGAUAAUUGUCAAAAGAGCAAGAUAUUCUUCAUUGCAUGGUCUCCUUCAACCUCAAAAAUCCGAGCCAAGAUGCUUUAUGCCACAUCUAAGGAUAGGUUUAGACGGGAGCUGGAAGGUAUCCACUACGAGAUUCAGGCUACUGACCCUACAGAAAUGGAUCUUGAAGUGAUCAGAGACCGUGCUAAUUGAAAAAAUUUGCAGUUUGCUGUUCCUUCCUUGGCAGAAAAAAAUCUGCUACUGGUUAGCAACAAAUGAACUUUUGGCCCUUGCUUCAAAUGAGCUAUAUUCAAAAUUCUCUAAAGAAAAAUAGUAUAUGAGUGGUCGUUGAAUAACUGGCAUCUGCUGGUGAAAUUUGGUUCCUUGCUGUUUGCUGCUCUCAGAACAUAUUAUCAUAUAUAUAGAUUUAUCUCCAACUGA